AUGUCUGAUCGAGGUGGAUUCUCCCGCGGUUUCGGCCGCGGCGGUGAGCGUGGCCGCGGUGACCGCGGUCGCGGUGAUCGCGGUCGCGGACGCGGACGUGGACGUGGCCCGCGCGGCCGAGGCGGCGAAGACAAGGAUGCCUGGGUCCCGUGCACCAAGCUCGGUCGUCUCGUGCAACAAGGGAAAAUCAAGUCGCUCGAACACAUCUUCUUGUUCUCGAUUCCGAUCAAGGAGCACCAGAUCGUCGAACACUUCAUCGGCGCCGAACUCAAGGAUGAGGUCAUGAAGAUUUGCCCGGUUCAAAAGCAAACCACCGCGGGUCAGCGCAUGCGCUUCAAGGCUUUCGUCGUCGUUGGCGAUUGCAACGGCCACAUCGGGCUCGGUGUGAAGGCGUGCAAGGAAGUCGCGCAUUCCAUCCAAGGUUCCAUGAUCCUCGCCAAGCUUAACGUCGUCCCGGUUCGUCGAGGCUACUGGGGCUCCAAGCUCGGCGCCCCGCACACCAUUCCGACCAAGGUUCACGGCAAGUGCGGCUCCGUGCACGUUCGUCUCAUCCCGGCGCCGCGUGGUGCGGGUAUCGUCGCAUCCGGUACGGUGAAGAAGGUAUUGGCUAUGGCUGGAUUGCACGACGUGUACACGUGCUCUCGUGGUCACACGCGUACGCUUGGUAACUCUGUCAAGGCGACGUACGCUGCGCUCAAGUCCACCUACGGCUUCUUGACCCCGGAUUUGUGGGCCACCACGCGCUUCACCAAGCCGCCGGCUCAAGAGUUCACCGACUUGCUCGCGAAGCCGGCCAAGGCCGCUCGCGACAUCUAG